UAUUUGUGCCUUCUUGCUUUUGUGUACUGUGUGUGACUUAAGACAACAAGGAUUGGCAGUCGACACUGCAAAAACAAACACAGUUUUGGACUGAUUUGCUUCUUCCUGAUUUCUUGACUCUGUCAUGGUUCCCAGUUCUACCCACAAUGCCUGUGUUUUACUCACCUGUUCCCGAGACCCUGCAGAUGGGUCUGGCCUAUAUGGGAGGCUCGGUGUUCACUAACAACAGGACAGCAGACAGCGACUACUCCAGGGAGCAGGAGGAUGCUUCGGUGGUCAACGAGCUGGUCUCUCACCUCCCCCUGCAGAUGCUGCUGUACUUCAACCUGUUUUAUUUUCCCUGUUGGUGGUUUUCUGCUGUUUUUAUGCUAGAAGUAAAGUUCUACUAUCUUCCCGGGUACUACCAGGCUCUACUCAUAACCGGGGUGAUCCUAGUCACAGUCGUUGAAGUGGUCCGACUCUAUCUGGGCUACAUUGGCAACCUUAAAGAAAAGGUGCCAGAGUUGGCCGCCUUCUGGAUACUCUCUUUUAUGUUCCAGCUGCCAGUGCUGCUGUUCUUCCUGACCGAUGAAGGAAUUAUCAUCCUGCCUCUGGAGAGAGCUGUCCACUCCCUCUACCUCCUCUUCCUCCUCGCCCAGAUCCUGGCCUCCUUCCUGGCGCUCCGUACCAUGACCCGAAAGCUCACUCUGCUCUUCUAUCUGCGACAGAUUGGAAAGGUGGAGAGCUUCAACCAUGAAAGGAUGAGCCCCAUCUACGGGCCGCCCUACCACCGCAGUGUGCUGCCCAUCUCACCCACAUGUGAUAUGUACCACUAAAGUAAAACUCUUUAGUGGUACAUCAAUGAAUCUUUAAAAACGUUUUAAGAUGUUUUGAAUUGUAAUCAUUCUAAUUUACAGUAUUGUUUACUAACUCACUUAAACUAUUGAAUGUACUUUUUUCCCAGAAUGCCUCUCUCCAUCUGUCAAAGAAUACGCCUGUUAUUUGCCAUUGUGAACAGUAAUGUGUAUGUGAUUUAUUGAAAAAUCUAAAGAUACCCUUUGUGAUUUUAUCCACAUUACAUUUUUUCAGAAAUUCUAUGAAAUAAAAAGCACAUGUUCUAGGACUACCAAUGAUAUUCACGUAAAAAAAAAGAUGUUUUAUUAUUUUUUUCUUUGACUUUAACUUGAAAUCUUUUCGAGUAACUGAGAAUUGAGAAAUCUUUGGAAAAAAGUGGUUUUUUUUUGUUGACAAGUUUAGCAUGAAAAAUGUUUAGGUGUGUCUUAGGUUUGCCUUUUUUGUGUACACAGUUUUGUUUGCGUUUCAGUUGAAAUAACUUUCAAAUGAAAAAAAACUCUAAUAUUAUCUUCACUUAACUGCUUUCAAUCUGCAAAACCAAGUUCGAGUGGACCAGAAAAGAUCCGAGUAUUUGUUCCCCUAUGUGUUGA